AACUGCCCUUCUCAAAAAUGGCUACCGAGGCGCUUUUGGAAGGGGACCGCUCUGGGCCUCGCCUUUGAUCUCGCUGGUGGGGCUAGGGGAUGAGAGCUGCACCGCGCGGGACAAGUCGCCGGCGGCGCCCGACAGAGCAGAAGAGGAGAGAGAAUGGAGCUGGAGAGGAUUGUCAGUGCAGCCCUCCUUGCCUUUGUCCAGAUGCACCUCCCAGAGGCGGACCUCAGUGGCUUGGAUGAGGUCAUCUUCUCCUAUGUGCUUGGGGUCCUGGAGGACCUGGGCCCCUCAGGCCCGUCCGAGGAGAACUUUGAUAUGGAGGCCUUCACUGAGAUGAUGGGCGCCUAUGUGCCUGGCUUCGCGCACAUCCCAAGGGGUACAAUAGGGGACAUGAUGCAGAAGCUCUCAGAACAGUUGAGUGGUGCCAGGAACAAAGAGAACCUGCAACUGCAGAGCUCUGAGGUCCAAGGUCAGGGGCCCAUGUCCCCAGAGCCCCUGCAAUGGUCUGAAAAGCUCAAAGAAGAGACUAGGGCUUCUCCUGCUGCUGAUACCCAAGAUGAGGCAGCCAGUGCUGAGGAGGAGCUGCUGCCCGGGGUGGAUGUCCUCCUGGAGGUGUUCCCUACCUGCUCCGUGGAGCAGGCUCAGUGGGUGCUGGCCAAAGCUCGGGGGGACUUGGAAGAAGCUGUGCAGAUGCUGGUAGAGGGGAAGGAGGAGGGGACGCCAGCCUGGGAUGGCCCCAACCAGCUCUUGCUCUCUCUGCAGGACCUGCCCAGGCAUCUCAGAGGCCCCCAAAAGGAUGAGCUGAAGUCCUUCAUCCUGCAGAAGUACAUGAUGGUGGAUAGUGCAGAGGAUGAGAAGAUUCACCGGCCCAUGGCUCCCAGGGAGGCCCCCAAAAAGCUGAUCCGAUACAUCGACAACCAGGUAGUAAGUACCAAAGGGGAGCGUUUCAAAGAUGUGCGGAACCCUGAGGCAGAGGAGAUGAAGGCCACAUACAUCAACCUCAAGCCAGCCAGAAAGUACCGCUUCCAUUGAGGCAUUCGCCGGACUCUGCCUGAGCCUUCUAUGCUCAGAUCCCAGAGGGAUGCAGGAGCCCUGCACCCCCACACAGGGCCCACCCUAAGUCCUGUCCCCCUCUCUACUUCCGUGCCCCACAGUGUUCACCUCUUCUUGGAGCUGCCCAUGGGCACAGUAAAGGUGGCCCCAGGAAUGUG